UGAGAUUAAUGAAUGACAUCUCCGUCUCCUCCUUCGGCUGAAGUUGAAUGUUGAUUUUUUUUCGUAUUUUGAUAUCCCAAGAUCCCAAGUAGUAAUCAAUUAAUUUAAUAACAAGAAAAACACACUCCCACAAAUCAAAAAUUAUUAUUUUAAAACUUAAUCAGUUUGUCUAUUAAUUGGUGAUCCAUAAUGGAUGAUAAACUCGAAACAAGUGAAGAUUGUUUUUCUUCAACAUUUCGUUCGAUAUUGGAAGACAAAAUCUCCGAUUCCUUAACCGAGAAAAUUGAAUCCGAUCUCAAAGCCUAUGACCGAGACAUCGAAAAGAUAUGUAAUCUAUUUUACGAAGGCUUCAUAGAUUCCAUAAAUGAACUACUCCAAGUCAAGUCUAAAGUACUGUCUCUGAACAGUGAAAUAUUACAGGUAGACUCUGUUAUGAAUACAAUAUCAUCUAAAUGUAUUGCUACAGGAGAAAAAAUCAAUCACAUUCGUGUGGUCGAAAAGAACAUUCUCAAAGCCAUUCAAUGGCUUCAGAAAUGUUUGCCAGUUUUUGAAUGUUGCUCCAAAUACAAAUAUUAUAUUUCACAAAAGCAAUACUAUGAAUCAUUGAAGACAUUAGAAGCUCUAGAACAAGAUCAUUUGCCAACUGUAUUAAAUCAUCGAUUCAGUUUGCAAAUGACAAAUAAAAUACCCAAAUUGAAAGGAAGUAUCAAAACUUGCUCGGAAGGUGAAUUCCGAGAAUUUCUUGAGAAUAUUAGAAAGUUUUCGGCAAAGAUUGGUGACGUUUCUAUGCGUUGCACUAAACAAAUGCAAAAGAAAGAUGUUAAAAACAUUAUUGCAGAUUAUAAACGAAGUUUAGAUACUUCAUCUGCCGGGGGAGCUGCCCCAGAGGCAGAAAUCAGUGCCUACGAUUUGAUAGAUUUUUCCCCAAUUUUCAAAACAUACCGCAUAUACAGCGAGUUGGGUUAUAAAGAAUUAUUUGAAAAAGACUACCGCCAACAGCGAAAAGAUCAAAUCAAGUUGGUUGUGGUUCCAUCGCGUCCAAUGCACAACGAUUUGGAAGUGUACAAAAUGUACAUUUCUGCUGUUGUAGGUUUCUUUGUUGUGGAAGAUCAUGUCAGGAAUACAGCUGACGAAAUAGCUUCCAAUGCUUAUUUAGAAGAAUUAUGGGCAUCUUCUUUGAGUACAUUUGCCAAUCACCUUAAUAUUAAUACAUGCCUCUGCACAGACCCAAAUAUAUUACUUAAAUUGAAAACCAUUAUAAUUCUAGCAAUAAAUAAUCUAAAGUCAUGUGGUUAUGUUGCUAGCCAACUUUGGGACUUGCUCGAUGCAAUUCGAGAUCAUUAUAAUGAAGUUUUGUUGCAAAGAUGGGUUCAUAUAUUCCGAGAGAUUUUGGAUAAGGAAGAUUUCCAACCCAUGCAAGUUACGACCCCAGAAGAAUUGGAAAAUUUAAUAGAUAACUUGGCAUUUAACUUUGAAAAUGUUGACAAGUACCAAUUGCCCAAGACGUUUCCAUUUUCACGAAUGGUUCCUAAAGUCUAUAAUGAAGCCAAAGAGUUUAUGUAUGCGUCGAUGAAAUUUUGUGAAGAGCUUCCACUUAUGCCCAAUGAAGUGGCAAUAACUGUGCGAAAAGCUGGCACUCUUCUAUUCACAAGGAGCUUUAAUGGAUGUAUAUCAUCUAUUUUCCGUAAUCCUAGCUUAACAUUACCACAAAUUAUUCAAGUAAUCUUGGAUACAAAAUAUUUAGACAAGACUAUUCCAAAUUUGAAUGAUUUUAUCUGUGAAGUUACUGGCACUCAGAAGAAUAUAAAUGAAAUGAAUACAAAAAUAUUGUAUACCAGUUUGGAAGCUGAACGAGAAGUUGUAAGAAGGAUAUGCUCCAAGAUUGAUGAGUUCUUUGAUUUGUCAGAUUAUAAUUGGCUUUUGAUAGAACCGAGUGGUAAUGCUUCAUCGUAUAUAACAGAUAUGAUUUCAUAUUUGAGAAAUACGUUUGAAAGUUUUGCCUCUAUAUUGCCUGAAAUUGCCCAAACGGCAUGUAAGAGAGCUUGUAAGCAUAUAUCGGAAAAUAUACUCAAUAUUUUACUAGAUAAUGAGGUGAAACUUAUUACACCGGCAGCAUUGCAGCAGAUAAAUUUAGAUUUAAUACAAUGUGAAUUUUUUGCUGCAUCGGAACCUAUAGUUGGUUUGAAGGAAGAUGAAUUGAUGAAACAGUUUUUGCAUGUUCGACAAUUAUUGGAUUUAUUGAUAAUGGAAGAAUGGAGUUCGUAUUUGCAUGAUUAUGGAAAGGCAGAAAAUCGUUAUUAUAUGGUUGAACCAACAACAGUUGUAAUUAUAUUAGAUAAGAUGAGAGAGGCGGAUAAGAAGACAAUGUUUGCAGUAUUGAAAAAAUCCGAGAGGGACAAAAAGAAACUAAGGGAAACAGUUCAGAAGCAAUUGAAAAGUUUGGUAGAUCGCCUUUGAAAUGUUAAUAGCGUUUCCUAGUUUUU